UAGAGGCCAUGAGGGUCCUAGGCGUGUGGCCCGGUACGCCCUGUCCUGGCGGACCGAAGGGGACAAUCGGGGCCCUUCCUGCCCUUGCUGCCCUGCGCCUCACGUCCCGAGCCCCUUCCCGCCCCGGCCUGCCAAUGCCCCAGGACAUCAAGCACAGGCUCGUUGAUUCCAGUCAAAUGCAGCGGCCCCAGGGGAACCCGUUGCUGCUGUCCUACAGCCUGCAGGAGCUGCUGGCCAGAGACACUGUGCAAGUGGAGCUGAUCCCUGAGAAGAAGGGCCUCUUCCUCAAGCAUGUGGAGUACGAAGUUUCUAGCCAGCGCUUCAAGUCCUCUGUGUACAGACGUUACAAUGACUUCGUGGUGUUCCAUGAAAUGCUGCUCCACAAGUUCCCAUACCGCAUGGUGCCGGCCCUUCCACCCAAGAGAAUGCUGGGAGCGGACAGGGAGUUCAUCGAGGGCCGGAGGAGGGCCCUGAAACGCUUCAUUAACCUGGUGGCCCGACACCCUCCGUUCUCCGACGAUGUCAUCCUCAAACUCUUCCUCUCAUUUAGUGGCUCGGAUGUGCAGAACAAGUUGAAGGAAGCAGCCCAGUGUGUUGGAGAUGAAUUCAUGAACUGUAAGCUGGCUGCUAGGGCCAAGGACUUCCUCCCAGCUGACAUCCAGACCCAGUUUGCCAUGAGCCGGGAGCUGAUCCGAAACAUCUACAACAGCUUCUACAAGCUGCGUGACAGGGCGGAACGGAUGGCGUCCCGGGCCAUCGACAAUGCCUCCGAUCUUCUCAUAUUCGGGAAGGAGCUCAGUGCUUUAGGGUCCGACACCACCCCACUGCCCUCAUGGGCCGCUCUGCACCUCAGCACGUGGGGCUCCCUGAAGCAGGCACUCAGGGGCCUGUCUGUGGAGUUUGCGCUGCUGGCCGACAAGGCCGCACAGCAGGGCAAACAGGAAGAGAAUGAUGUAGUGGAGAAGCUGAACCUUUUCCUGGACCUGCUCCAGUCCUACAAAGACCUGUGCGAGCGCCAUGAGAAGGGUGUGCUGCACAAGCACCAGCGAGCCUUGCACAAGUAUGGCCUGAUGAAGAGGCAGAUGAUGAGUGCUGCACACGGUCGUGAGCCUGAGACUGUGGAGCAGCUGGAAUCCCGCAUUGUGGAGCAGGAGAAUGUGAUUCAGACCAUGGAGCUGCGGAACUACUUCUCUCUGUACUGCCUGCACCAGGAGACACAGCUGGUCCAUGUAUACCUGCCCCUCACCUCCCACAUACUUGGGGCCUUCGUGAACUCGCAGAUCCAGGGCCACAAAGAGAUGAGCAAGGUGUGGAAUGACCUGAAGCCGAAGCUCAGCUGCCUCUUCGCUGGACCUCAUGGCACCCUGACACCGCCCCGGUCCCCACAGGAGGAUGGCGUGUGUCCCCACUAGUGCUCGAGGCCUGCAGAGCUCCCUGUGGCCUCACUAAACCCUCUUUGCAAAUGCUGUGGCCUGGCUGAGUCCCUUCAGAUGGCAGCUGGGCCUCCUGUGGGACCAAAGCAGAGGAUCUCCUGCCAGCCCACCUACUGAGUCCCGUGGGCCCUGUUGGUGGUCUUUACUCCUCCCACAUGGCAGGAGCCUGCUGGCCUGUGUGAGAAGCAGGACACUCUGGGAUGGAUUUGGAUCAUUGCCACACAACAGACAGCACAUGGGGCAGCAUAGAGGGAUCCCUGGGUCCUGGAAUGGUGUAGAGAGCUGGAUUGGAGGCUCAGCCAGUGGGGGAGAAAUAAGGCAGUGCCAUUGGGUGAGGAGAUGGUGGUCUCAGGGUGAGAGGUCUGGCUGUGGGUCAGGGUCUGCAGACACUCCUGGCAUAGGGUCACUGCUGUGGUGCUGAAGGCCACUGUCACAUUAGGUGAAUGUGUUACAUUGCUGUGAGCACCACUGGGUCAACUGCCCUUUAGACCAUUUCUUCCUUUCGGGCAGCUGCACUACUCCUCCUGGCCUCCCUCCCACCUGCCCUUCACUCCAGAGGCCAGGGUGGCUCUGCGGGUACCAUGCAGCUUCCUUGGCCCAGGAGCGGGCUGGAGGCUCUGCCCAAGGAGGAGUAGCAGAAAGCCCUUGGAGGACUGUGGGACUCCAUUUUCUCCUUGAAUGGCAGAGGGUCUCCUUGGCCCUCUUCCCAUUGCUUCCUGGGUUGUAAGGCAGGGUCCAACCUCUGCGUCACAGGGCUGCCUGGGCCCAUGACUUCCCUCAUGGAAGACAGUUCUCAGUCACUGUGUGGAACUGUACCACUCCCAGGAGUGUCCCUCCACAUGGUGACAGUCAAGCUGCAGGGCCUGGCCCUACCUGUGCCAAAGGCUGCAGCAGUGCUGAGAACCUCCCCCCCGCCCCCCACCAACUUGGGGCUGAGGCAAGGCCACUUGUCAGCCUGUCUCUGGGACCAAAGGUGGGGGAGCUGUGGCCAGGACCUGGAGUCAGUAGCUACAAGGGCACAAUCCUAAUACUCCCCCAGGUUCUAUGGUCUGGAGGCUGAGGGUGGGGGAGUAGGCGCACCCUCCCAUCCCCAGGCACUCUAGAGGAAGGCCUAAGGAAUUUAGAACAGCAGAGCCCAUGGGCACUUCUGGCCCCAGGCUUGUUCCAGGUGGGGGUAAACGGGUUUAUACACCCUUCUUGGCUAUCCUGCUGCCAUGCUCUGGCUGGACACCAGAGUGUGAAUUUCCUAAGAAUCCUGUUGUCCACCAGGGCAAAGUGGCUGAGUGAGGGGGGUUCAGCUGCAGCCCUGGCUGGCCCCCAGGGUUGGGGGAAUGCGGGCCUGCUUUGCUCUCUCCAGCCCUGGGAAGGCAGCCACAGGAAGCAGCUGUGGGAACCACAGGGACUCUGAGCUGUUGGAGGCCUUUCCUGGGCUUUGUGGAAGCUGGCUCUAUGUAUGAAGCACUUUAUGGGCUGCAGAAAUCAAUUACUACUACACCUAAUAAACUGGAAGUGUUUACAAA